UGCAAGUUUAACUUUGAAGUUCCCAUUAUUCUUCUCCUUGUCAGGCGUCUUCUCUUUCUACUUCUAGACUUUCGAAGCUCGAUCCCUCUAGAGUGUGGAUAAACUUUUCAAGGGUGCCCAUGACAGGCUGAGGUGCAUUCUAAAAGCCCAAGACCAGAAGUCUCGAAUCAAGGUUCCGCACAAAGUGAGUUCAAGGUUGCCCGGAUUUAUGCCAGCGCAGCUCCACCGCCUCUGCAUUAUGUCGCAACUUCCACAAAUCUUGUGAAGACCUGCUGCAGAACGAUCCAAUGGGGUGAUUUGAGAGCCAAUAGGAAUAGGCAAUUUCGUGCUAGACCAAUGCAGGUCUGAAGACCACAGCGACUCUGUACAGAAGAAAGAAAGCCCCUUGGCGAGCGGGGUUGAACAUUCUUUUAGUUGCUGUGGACAGUCUGCUGGGGAACUGGUUAACCUGGUUGAAAGAUCUGUUGGCUGACUGCAUCGGAGUGCCCUUCUGAAAGAUAUGCGGUUGUGAGGUCGAGAACAUAGCCAGGCCUGCAACUUUGUACCACAGCGGCCGCCAUGGAGCCCCGAUACUUUCUGGUGCGCCUGGCGGCGUUCGCCCUGCUUAUCCUGCUUCUGGGGGACCUCUUAUACAUGCACAGCCUGCCUCAGAACAACUCUAGCAUCGGCAGCAUGCUCCCCGUCAUGAACAUCCUCAACUGCGGGGAGCGCUCCGAGGGGGGGUCGAAAGAUGCCCUGCCAGAACCCCCCGUUAACAAUACGAGCACGGCGUUGGUGCCUGCGGUCGAAGAGGUCGUCCCGAUCAUGUUCCUGGCGACGGAGCUGAGUCCCUUCGUGAUCGUCUGCCUCAAAACCGCGCGGAAGUACAACCCGGAGGUGCCGAUUUACAUGGUGACGUCAGAGCACAGCGUGAAGCCGGACGGCCCGAUGAUCGACCUGCUCGGCAUCCCGAACGUGCACGUCAAGGUCAUCGAGCGGUAUCUAGGCGCGGGGACCGAUUCCGCGCUGUUCCACGAGCGGUACAUCCACCAGAGCGUGACAGCUGUCCCGUUCGAGCGCUUCUGCUUCCAGCGGUUCAUGGUGCUGCGGGACAUCGCGAACGAGGAGGGCGUGCAGCGGUUCUUGCACAUGGACUACGACAUUGCGCUGUUUACGGACGCGCGGACGUUCAGUCAGUUUGACGCGGACCUGGUGGCGCUCAACACGCACUCCACAUUCUUCUCGCUGUGGAAGAUGCCGCUGCUGCAGCGCUUCUGCGACUACAUGCUCGAGUUCUACGUGCGGCCGCAGGCGGAGAUUGCGUCAGACUGGGACCAGUACGGGGAGCACCUCAAGGGGGAGCAAUUCAACGGGACGUUCAUCCAGUUCAGCGACAUGUUCAUGCUCUACUCCUUCCUGGACAAGCACAAGGACUCCGUCACCACCAAGUUCCUCGUCUUCGACCAGGGCGACUUCACACCCGACUAUCUCCAGUACUGGGCAAUGGUUAACCUGCAAAACUUUAUUGGCUGGGACUGCUUGCAAGACGACUUCAACAAGUACGUCAAGUGGGAUCGAAACGAACGGGGAAUGCUCGUCCCAAUCGCCAAUGGGACCAUGUUACAAGGCAUCCACUGGCAAGGGUUCAUGUGCAAACAGAUAGCGCCACUAAUAAUGGGCCCCAUUUUGGAGGACGAGGGACAGGCAAAGCGCCUUCGAUAUCUUUAAAAUCCGUUUGAAAAGUAGACUAAGGGUGUCACGUGUUUGACAAAAGUAAAAGUGUUCUGGGUGACGUUGUUGACCGUAGUCAUAGCAGGUAGAUUGAACGGCAGUCUUCAGACGAAGGAUGCCGUUAAGGUCUUCAGUAGGAUGACCGCUUGUUCUGAGACUGGAUUUUUGACGGGACAAGGUAGUCCGUUACAGAAGCCGAAUUUGGACACUGUAAAUUAGCUCUUGCUUCACAAGGAAACAUACUCCUCUCAGUCUGAGAGUUCAGAUCGCCCUGAUCCGCGAACGCGGUUCCUUGGUCCGGCCUGGCUGGUCACUGUCCCCUGCUAAGUUGGUCACGGGUCCUCUUUGUCCCGUCACGGUGC